CACACCCGAAGGGGGUAUUAAAAAAACAAAAAUGUCGCUUUAAAAAGUUAAACGCAAAUUUUCUUUAUAAUUUAAAACUUAAAAUGGAAAUCAACAUUGAAACUGCUGUACGUAUUUGUCCCGUUUCGUAUUGCAAUAAGGAUUUGUUGUGCGUACAACCGGAUGUAUGUAACAACAGCAUCAAACUCGGCAAUCUCCAAUCAAUUUCUGUGCAACAUGCAUUACCAAUCGAUUGCACUCAGAAUACGUUAUAUAUAACAACGGUAACACCAUUAAUGAAUUACUUCUUUGAGGGCUGUGAUGUAUCAAUAGUAACGUUCGGCCAAUCGAGCACCGGAAAAUCGUACACCCUCUUAGGGCCAACGUUAAAUUGUGCCCUGAGUGAAAAGGAACACGGAAUUAUACCUCGUUUUUUGCGUCAAAUGUUCGCAAAUAUUAAUCAAGACACUGAUAAAUGUUUCCUCAUACAAAUAGCGUGGACACAAAUUUGCGGUGAAAACGUGUACGACUUGUUAGGUUCGGGCAGUGCCGAAUGUCAUAACAUAAGUGAUGCGUUUGAUUUAUUAAAAGUGGGAAUGGCAAAUAUUGCAACGUACGCUCACACCCUUUUCACUGUCACAUUGGAGCAGCAGUUCUGUGUAGACGGGUGCGUUCAGCAUAAAGUGUCCACUGCAAGCUUCGUUGAUUUGUCUAGUUCCGAGAAAGUUGCCGUAAUGGAUAGUAACGGCCUUACCCAGUAUUUACCGACGGACUCGGGUCUACUUACCCUGUACAAAUGUGUAUGGAUACUUUCCGAACUUAACAACACAAUUUAUAACCAGAACUUGGUGCCGUACAAUCAAUCUGCACUGACAAUGUUGCUCAAAGAUUCGUUUGGGGGUCGUGCAAAAACUCUUCUCAUUUGCUGCAUUUCACCACUAGUCAACGAUUUUAUGGAGACAUUAUCUUCACUGCAGUUUGUGCAGAGGGCGCAGCUUAUUAAAAACUUUGUCACCAUUAACUCCUACGUGUCGUACGAAACGUACGAAAAUUCGGACAUAUUCGGUCUACAAUUUGCGACUAAUCAAUUGUUUAAGUUAGUGUCUAACGCGGAGUCACUUUUUAAAAGUUUGCUCGGGACAGGCGUGAUACCCAAAGCCCAAAUGGAACAAAUCUCUGAGUGGUUAACGCUCAAACAAGAAUGUCAAGAUUGCAUAAGUGAAUCAUCCGAGCCGCAUCGUUCGUUGGACAUCAUCGAGGAAGAAAUUGAGGAUCGAUCCAAAAGUGAAAGUGAAAGCGAGUCGGAUGUGCCCAAUCUGAUCGACCUGAUGAAUAACUUUCGUGUGAAAACAGACGGUUUAGUGUCGUCGAUUAACCGAAUAAAUGCCAAUGAAAGCAAUACCAAAGAGAUAAGCAAAAGCGGUCGUUAUAACGAGUAUCAUUCGAAGGGUGCACGUGGACGAAGGGGAAGCAUUCACUCGGUUGAUGAACUUUCGCCGACGCUAUUCAAGUGUGAUAAUGUACAGAAUCAAGCUCCAAUUACGUUCAGUACCAAGAAGGAUAGAGUUAUGAAACAAAUUUGCGCAGACAUCGAGGGUUACGAGAAGCAAAUUGAGGAGUUGGUGCAAACGGUCGAGGUUAAAGAGAAAUUGGUGCAGCAACUGAUCAAGAACAAGCAGACGAAGGUAAACGUUAGGCGGAAGUUUAAGCAGAAAUGUCUCAAGCUGCAAAACGACCAAAACGUCGCGCAAUCCAAGUUGAAACAAGCGAAAUCUGUCAACAACCACCUGCUCGAAUCGAAAUUGGACUUGGAAAUAUCGGAGUUGUCGAAGAAAAUUAAUAAAAGCGAGUUCAUUCGAAGCAUCGCCGAGGAUGAUUCCGCAACGAUUUCCGAAUUGGAAAGUAGUUUAAAUGACACAAAAAAGCAGCUGGAAAAGUUAAGAAAGUGUUUGCAUCGAAAAGAGAAGUCCAAGUUGGAGCUCGAGCACAACCUGAGGGAAAGUAAGAAAACUUCGAGCCAAGACACAAUUAAGUCCGACGUUGUGAAGAAGCUCACCGAAAGCGCAAGCGUAGAUCUAUACAACAUAAAGCACGAAAUCAAAGAACUGAGAAAAACACGCGACCGUCUCCUGGAGCAACGCUACAAAAUUGACACAAAAGCUCACAGCAAGAAACUUCUCAACGAUACCGAAGAAACCCAAUUAGUGCAGUACGAGGAGGCAAUUGAGGCGAUCGAUUUGGCAAUCGAGUACAAGAAUCAGAAGAUUUGCGGGUUCACAGAAGGGGCCAAGACGAGCAUCGACGAAAAUGUGUGCAAAUUAUUAAAGCAGCAACUCCUGAAGCUGAGCAAUGAAGAGAUUUUGGUCCUUCUGCAGAAGUACUAUCGGAAAAUAGUGGAUUUGAGGGGGAGCACCAAGAAAUUAGAGCAGCAAUUAAUUCAGGCGGAGAACCAGAACGAGACGUUUCAGAAUCAAGUGCAAAACUUGAGCUUGGUCCUGCAGAGGGUACGAUCGGAAGCCGAACGACGUGUGUUAUCGCUCGAACAGCAACACGACCAUAAGAUGCAAUUGAUAAUGCAUCAUUUAUCGCAGGAAGGUGGCGAGGACGAACGGUUCAUCUCUCGUGUCUUGGAAAGGUCCAAGCAGACUGCUUUGGCUCUUCAAGUCGCCCAGGGGCGUAACAAACAGAUCGAUAAAGGUAGUCUCAUAGCGAGAUUUACCAGGUACGCACGACACGAGACCGUUCCGCAACAGCUGCAAGUCGCUUUGGUACCCUCGCAGGCCAAAGUGACGAGACAACGGAACAAAUUAAUAAUACAACAGAAUGGCAAGUGAAAGAUCAUCGAGAGAAAAGUCUGAGUCGCGCUUAUAAUUUGAGUAGCUUUAUUUAAGAUUAGUGGACUGUGAUUGCAUGCUCUAAAUUUGGAAAAAUUCCUCUAUUUAAUAGAUAGAUCGAUGUAUUAUAUGUGAGUAAAUAAAGAUUUAGUCGAGAAUCGCA